CUUGCCCCGGCACCCCCGGCCCAUCAACUCGGAUCACAUCAAGGAGCUAUCUCUUUUUGGUGCACAAGUUGGUUCAUCUGCCUCUUUUUUUUCCCCCUUCAUCUUUACCGCCCACAAAAUAGCCAUAAGCUUCCCAACGCCAGUCCAGCCAACGGAAGCUCCUUGUUUUGUUUCAGACCCACCUCAACCUGCGUCUGCCCGGCACACACACGCGCGCGCUCUCCCCCACAUUACAAGCAAGCACAGCAGAAUAUAAUCAGUCCAGUGCCUGCACUCCUGCACUUGCUAGCUUCUUUUCCCCCCUCCGUCAGCUGUCGACCCUACCUGCACCAGCUUUCUAUACGGGCAAGUUGACUGAUAGUCAGUCUCCCCUCCUGACGACAAGCAGUCCCAGAGUCAUUCGCUUGACUUGGACCUCCCCGCUUGCACCAACCUAUUGUGACCCGUCAUCGUCACCAUCACCGUUCCCACGAUGCCUGCAGCCAAGCCCAAGCUCGCUUCUCUCACCACCCCGGUGUCCGCCUCGUUCCCGGCGGACGCCAUAGCAUCGGCUGUGUCCAGCGCCAAAACCCCCCUUUCAGCCGUUUUGAGGGAUCCGUUGGCAUCUGCUGGUCUUCCCUCGGCCGGUCUGCCCUCGGCUGGCAUGGUGUCUCCUUUUGGUACCGUUGCCAUGGUAAAGACAGAGGAGGCAAUGAUCAAGACGCCAAUCUCUCCGCCGGUGGCCUACAUCGACUUCCUCAGACUGGCCAGCCCAACAAGCAUGCCCAGCCCAUCAGUACUCAGCCCGCCGCUGACUGCUGGGGCUACCAAGUCGAAGCUCAGCAGGACAUCAACAUCAGACUCCACGAAUAGCAACAGCACCUGCAAGACGGUAUCCUCAGAUGAGGCUGCUGAUGACGCCGGAGACAGGGAUUUGGUGGACAGCGGACCUUCAACAGCUACCAGCGAAGACAGCGAGUGCUCCUGUGACUGUGAUCACACGCACAAGUCCCCUCUCAGCAAAUGCGCCGUUGUCCCUUCAUCGCCAUUUGCCGUCUAUCCUCUCUCUGCUCCAGCUACAGGUCAAGCUCACUUCCCGAGCCUCAAGGUACCGCCGUCUCCUGCCAAAGGGAACGUCGACUCGCCGGUACAAUCCCCGUUCAGCGCAAGAUCAGUAAAAUCACCGUUUGAUUGGGAGGCCGCACUCAAAGCCAGGAGGUAUGCAGAUGCAGCCAAGACCAACAAUAGCGGUCAUCGUCGCGGAUGUAGCAAGAGCACAUCCGCAACAAACUCGAGGACAAGCGUACGUCACAUCCGUGAAGUUGUCACCAGGACCGUCACUUACACCCCGAAGAUGGACCCCGCACCAAAGGGGAAGAGGAGAAAAGUGCAAUAAACUCUCCCCACGACAUAGACAUUACUACCACAUUUCCUUUGUCCUAAUCAACCAACCAACCCUUAUCCCAAACCAUUUGACCUGCGUGGAUACGCGGUCCGGGACCGCCUCCUACAUCCAUAGCGGGAUUAACAUCUCCGACAACAAACUAGCGCACCUGUCAUUGUGCAAUAAACCAAAAAAACCGUCCGUUAAAUGGAUGGAAAAUGGAUCCUCCUAGAGAGGGUAAUACUCAUACCCACAGUCAGAGCUGAGAAUCUGACACCAACAACUCUCAACAAUAACACAAACAACACGCAAAUUAUGAAUUAUGGAAGGCACCUAUGAUAAAAAGAGCAAGGCGUAUUGAGCGGGUGGGAGGAUUAUCUGUUUUAUUUUAUUUUGAUCUUUCUCGUUACAUUCCCGAUGCCCAACGACUAUCGAGUGGCUUGGAGAAACUGGUUAUCAAGUGGAAAAAACACAGUUGCUUGGACUAACCACUUUGUUCCUUAUGAUGCCGUUUGACUGAUCAAGGGCGCCGGGCGGGCUGGAGCCGAUUAUGCACAUGGCAUGGAGUUCGAGAGGCGUUCUGAUUUCUCAACAACUUAUUUUUUUUUCUUGCCAGGUUAUCUAUCCACCGAAAGUGUCAUUUUGUCACAGUUACUUCUGAUACCACCUUUGAGACCUCCGUCGAUUAUCUUGUACCUAAACUCUAAACCCUUAUCUUCACUCUUGGCUACGAUAAUGAUAAAAACAAAAAUACUCCAUAAAAACUAUUCUCUGGCGUGAUUUGCUAAAUCUCAACUCAAUGCCUACGCG